AUGCAAAUUAUUUUCAAAGAUUUUAAGAAACAGACUAUUCCAAUUGAUGUGGAAUUGAAUGAUUCAGUUUCUUCAGCUAAAGAGAAAUUAGCAAAAGAGAAGGACUGCACCCCUCUGCAGAUCAAACUAGUCUAUUCAGGUAAAGUAUUACAAGAUGAUAAGACUUUAGAAGAAUGUAAACUCAAAGAAGGUGCAUCCAUAAUAUUUAUGAUCUCCAAAGCGAAAGAAACCCCAACUCCCGCACCCGUGAGCCUGACACCGGCAGCUGAGGCAGCUGCAUCAGCAUCAACUGGUGACUCGACCAAAGUUGAACCUGCAGGAUCAACACCCACUGUUCCAGCAGCACCAACAUCAGGAGCAGCUACCAAUAUUGAAGGCGAGAGUGCACCCACCGAAACCAGUGAAUCAACUUUUGCCUUGGGUAGUGAGAGGGAAACAACUAUACAAAAUAUCAUGGAGAUGGGUUAUGAACGACCUCAAGUUGAAGCAGCAUUGAGAGCUGCUUUUAACAAUCCUCAUCGUGCUGUUGAAUAUUUGAUAAGCGGUAUUCCUGAGUCAUUGCAGCGCCCAUCUGCGCCAGUGGCAUCUGCAGCAACUGGUUCUGGUAGCGGAGCAGCACCAUUAGCUGAAUCCACGACCGCUGAAGUGUCUCGUGCAGAUGACGAAGAGGGUGAAGCUGAUGAAGGUCAUGGUGGAGAGAAUUUGUUUGAGCAGGCAGCUGCAGCUGCAGCUCAGGAACAAGGUGGAGCUGUAGGUACCGGAGCUGUAGGUACUGGAGCAGGGGGCGCAGGUGCAGAAGUUGGUCUUGGUGGUGGAGAAGACCAGCAAAUGCAAUUGUUAAGAGCUGCAUUACAAUCGAAUCCGGAAUUGAUUCAACCAUUAUUGGAGCAAUUGGCUGCUUCUAACCCCCAAAUUGCCAACUUGAUACAGCAAGAUCCUGAAACAUUCAUUAGAACGUUUUUGGGUGCUGGAGGAGAAGAUUUAGGAUUUGAGAUUGAAGGAGAAGAAGGUGCCGUUGGUGAGGGUGGCGAAGGGGCAGACCCUGAGGGCACAGUACGUAUACAAUUAUCCGAACAAGAUCAAAAUGCCAUCAACAGAUUAUGUGAGUUGGGAUUUGAACGUGAUUUGGUAAUACAAGUGUACUUGGCUUGCGAUAAGAAUGAGGAAGUUGCUGCUGACAUAUUGUUUAGAGAUAUGUAG